AUGGUUGAUUGUGGAAUAAAGUGCAUUCAAGACACCAUGUCGGAUUAUGAAGAUCUGGAGGCUCUCGACCAGAUGGAUCCCGUGCAUCACCAUACUGAGCAAGGCUCCCAGUCGUGGAGGAUUGUCGGGCCUACUCCUCAGCAAUGGAUUGAUAUCAAAGAUGUCUUCACCGAGUUGUACAUUGCUGAAAACAGAAAACUAAAGGAUGUCAGGGCCAUCCUGCAAAGGAAAUACGGUUUCAAUGCCAGUGAGAAGAUGUUCAAGCGGCGAAUUACUGAAUGGAAGAUCCACAAGAACUACAAAGCUAAGGACAAAGAGCUUCUGGCGAAAAGAGUCAAAGAAUACGUUGAUGCCGGACACGAUGUUCAGUCGAUCUCAUUCCGUGGAAGACCAUUGAAGCUAGAUCGAGUCAAACGCCACUACCGCAGCGACAAAAGAUUCACUCAGCUUUGGGAACAACUAUCACAGAGUCCAGAAUCCAUCUCUAUUGGCGAUAUUACAAUCAAGGAUGAGUCUCCAUCGAUGAUCCCAAAUAGAUCGAGGACCUCCCCAAACUCCAACAGUCCGCCUGGGGACUCUGACUCCAGUAUGCGAGACAGCAGUGGCCCCGGUCUCGGUGUUAUGACGGUCAACGUUCUCCCGCCGACUGACUUGUACAAUAUGCAAUCUAGCCUCUUCUACACUCGCGAGGCAGUUCAGUGGCAGUUCACGGCUUUCAACCGACUCAAGUUGAAUGAACUGCAACAUCGAUUCCCGGCCUCCAUCCCAGAAGCGGUGAAAGCCGGACAGACAGACCAAGUCUCAGCAUUUUGGCUAGGGCUCUACCAUGGCUUUGACUACUUACAGACGGGAAGAUCGGGCGAAGCGUGGAGUAAUUUCCACAUCUGCUGCAAUAUGGUACAGCCAUUGAUACAUUCUGCACCACUUCAGCUCUUAUCCUGCCUGCUGGUGCACUUUGCAACUCCAUGGGCGGGGAUGGCUGCGCUGGAGCAGCAUCUACUCAGCUUUGUCUCAUCCAUGGCAGCAAGUGCCUUGGGGAAAGACCAUCCUUAUACCAAAGCCUUAAGUACGAUGAUUGCCGCUGACAACCGCAAUCAGGUUGUUGAAUCAAUGAUGCAACUGAUAGUUGAGGGCUACGGCGCUCGACGAAAACCCAGCAAUUCGUCGCUUUUUGCCUUGCGAGUUGACCAGAUUGACAUGCUCCGAAAACGCAAGAAUUUCCAACCCGCACAUCACAUGUGUCAACAACUGAUCAAAGACAGUCAGUCCAUGCAUCCUAAACGGUAUAGGACUGCGCUAGCGGCUUUAGGGAGGUUAUAUGCGGAUCAGGACGAGGAGUUCGCUGUCGAGGGGGUGGCGCACCGCAUUCUGCAGCAUGAGACGUCAGAUUCAAGUUCGACAAAUAGUGGAAGUGCAGCUUGGGCUUGUGAUCAGCUCGCCACUCUGUGCUUGAAUCGUAAAGAAUAUGCACUAGCUGAGCGAUAUCUCCGUCGAGCGGCGCAGAUGUCUUGCACCGAGCUCCCUCACCGUGGCCCUUCGACGGGCUCUUUCGUCAAGAAGCUGGUUUUCUGUUUGAGACAGCAGGGAAAAAGCCAUCGUCUCAACCAGAUCCCUGAAGAACCAGGCGUCGAGCCUGGAGCGACCGCCAUUUGA